UGUCAGUGUGACUUCGAUGCAGGCAUCGGCCGGUAUCGGUACGACGAGCUUCGUACCCUCGCACAGUAUCUUCCCGACGCUCUACUACAUUCCCACAGCAGCAGCAGCGGCAGCGGCAGCGGCGGCAGCAGCCGCAGCUGCAACUACACCGCAACCGGCGGCCGUAGCUGCAGCGGCAGCAGCUGCCGUCGCUGAGCUGCCCCGGCUCAAUGCCACCGUCCCAGUACCCUACAUGGCCGCCGGUCUCAUGUAUCCGCAUCCGCAGCUUUACCAGCAAUCGAUGCUGUACCCUCCGAUGAUGUACCACGCGAUGCCGUAUCAACCGUUGCCACCGCCGUGUGACACGCGAAACCACCAACAGCAACAUCAACAACAGCAGCAGCAGCAGCAGCAACAACAACAGCAACAACAGCAGCAACAGCAGCAACAGCAGCAGCAGCAGCAACAGCAGCAACCACAGCUACAGCGUCAGCAGCGCCAGACAGGACAGUGCGAUCAACAGCAAACGAAUGGCGGCUGCUCGGUAGUGGUGGGAACGGGUGGAAAUGCUGGCGUCCAAUCGGGACCACCGGGCAGUGGCACCCUGCGAUCCGCUGCUGCUGGUGGUGGUGGUGGUGGUGGUGGUGGUGGUGGCGGUAGUAACGGUGCUGGUGCUGCUGGUCCACAAAGCCGGGAAACGACACAACAGUCCGUCGAUGGAGGCGGCCCAGGAACGAACGGUGGACAAGACCGUGGCCAGCACGUCGUGGGUCCUUGUGGUAGUAAACGUCCGGCACGGCAUACGGUUGCACCGUCCGCUGGCAGUGGAUCCCUAUCGCAGACGCCAUUCCAACGGCCCUCCUCCCAAGCAACAUCCGUAAAGGCCGAGCCCGGUUCCGCUCUCGGUAGCAUUGCGUCCGCUUCGAUCGUUGCCAAUCGGGCAUUUUCCGAGUCUUCCAAGAAAGAUCUAACCGAUUCGCCGGUCAUCUCCAACGUGGACUGUGCCGAUUGUGCACUGGAUGAGGUACUGGAGAAGCACACCGGUUCGGUGGCCGGUGGGGUCCGCAGUGGCGCUGGAGGUGGACGUGACGGUACCAGGGGUGUCAGUGGUACCACCAACACUGCCGGUGGUGUUGGCCAUCGUACUGGUGCACCGGACAAAAGACCGGAGAGUGGUGACCAUGGAACGAGCCUAUUGGGCGAUAGAGCCACCGUCGGCCUGUGCGAGAUCAGUGACGAUAUGGAUGAGUCCAGCUUCUCCAGUUUCUACUCUAGCUUCCUCAAAACGGACAACUCGUCCACCGAGGGUGGCCACAAUGGCACGGAGAAGAAGGACUCAAGCGAGAUGUGCUGGGAAAGUAGCUCGAACAAUGCGAACACCGGGCAUGAACCGGAGGACAAGAACCGAGGAGGCUGUGGACGCGGUGGCAACUCCGACGGUAUGGUGCGUCCGGGGACCGGAGACAUAUGCCGGGCGAAGCGACGACCGAACCCACCAUGGCUGGAUAACGUGUGCCAGACGAAGGAUCUCAUCUAUCGCUAUCAGAUCAACGAGCGAUCGCUCGAGGAGCUGCUGGAUUCGGAUAGUUUGGCGCUCAAAAAGAUCAGUCAGCCCAUUCUGGUAAACGAUCAGCUCGGUCAGCUGUAUCUCGAUCUCGAGCUGGAAGGCCUCUCGGCCAAGCUGUCCCUCAGCGAGGCGACCUCGGGCAGCAGCAGCGAUGACUGCGACACAAAGGACAAAACCAAAGUGACCAAGCGAAACAUGAAGUACAGCAAGCUGGUCAUGAUCUACGAGGAGAAUGCACCGUUUCCUCCACCGAACGAACCAGAACCAUGACCAGCCAGUGGCCGAUGGUGGCGGCGGCAGCAACCGCCGGUAGCCAGUGCCAAUACCAGUGCGGAGGUGACCUGCGGUACCCUUUGCCUAGCAUUUGGAGCAGUAUUUUAAAGCACCGCAAGUGAUGCGGUGCCGCACAACCAACCAACCAACCAACCAACCAGAUAGGUAGACAGGGAAGAGAUGCUUUAGCUUUAAGCUUACCUCGAAAGAAAAGCGGACGGAGCGGUACAUGAGUGUCUUGCAGAAGAAGACUGUUGAUCUCUCAGGCCCUAGUGCAGUGCAAAGAAAAGACUCUCUCAGCGGAAUGUUUGUGUGUGUGUGUGUCAGUUGUUCUUUCUAAUGAAACAGAUUAAAGUUUAACAUUGCAGAGGUUUAUAAUGAAAUAAAAAAAACAACAUC